GUGUGGCGGGCGUGUCCGCUCCCGUCACGUCAGCGGGGGCCGCGGCGGCCGUGUCAUCCCAGGUCAAAUGUCACUGCGCCCGGGGCUGGACCUUGACCUCGGCCGGAGCCACUUUCACCCCUGAGCGAGCAGCGCGCGCUCGGAUGCGACGGACGGCAGUAGUGGCGCGUGCGCCGGCGCCGACGCUCUGGCCGCCAGCUGAUCCCUCGAGAGGAGAGGAGACGAACGCGACGCGUCCCGGCCGACCUGCCGCAGAGGAACCGCCGCCGCCGCUGCCGCCCCGAGCUGACCCGAGACACAGCGCUCGACUGAAGCUCGAGAGGGAUCGGCUGACAAUAAACUCCAGACAAGAGUGCGAUGGCUACGCAGAGACCUGCGGCCUGCGCCGCUCUGGUGCUGGUGCUGGUGCUCGGCGCACCCCUGCUAACCGGCGGCCAGCAGCCGCCGCCCAACUACAGCUACGACGCGCUGCCAGACACCAGCUUCACGUGCGAGGGUCGCGUGGUGGGCGGCUACUACGCCGACGUGGAGGCCGGCUGCCAGAUGUUUCAUGUGUGCGGCACGUCACAGCGCACCAGCUUUCGCUUCCUCUGCCCGAACAACACCGUAUUCGACCAGCAACACCUGAUCUGCGCCAGCUGGUUUCAAGUCAGCUGCGACCGCGCCACCGUGCUGUACGCGCGCAACUUCGAGAUCUUCAAGACAGGCGCCGAGGAGGAGGUCGAGUUCAACGCGCUCGAUGAGGACAGCCUGCCGCCGCUAGACGACUACGACUACCAGCCAGAGCUGGGCGGCAUCGGACGCCUGAUCGGCGGCGGCGGCGGCGGGCGCUCCGUCGGCGGUCAGCAGGUGCUGCCCUCCAGAGCCCCGGUGACGCGCCGGCCGGUGACGCAGGCUCCGGUGACGCAGGCUCCGGUGACACGCGUCCCGGCCGCCAGCUUCACCGCCAACAAGGCCCCGCGGCGGUUCGACCAGACCACGGCGGCCACCACACCGCGGCCCUCGCUGUCCUCGGCGGCCGGUGCCAGCUUCCGCGACCAGAGCACCUUCGCGGCGUCUCCGGGAACAACAGCGCCCUCCCGCCAGACGCCGUCGGCGCCGCCCGCCGCCGCCCGAGGCGCCUCGUCAUCCUCGCAGCGACCAUUCUCGUUCGCUGGCACGCCGGGGGCGCCGGCACGGGUUGUUACCAGCCGCACCACGGCCAGCCGGCCGGCGCCCACGUCGCCCCGCCCGGCUGCCUUCACACCGUCCGCAGCCGCUACGCCCAGCGCCGGUGUCUCCUUCAGCACGCCGAGGCCCGUAUUCACUACCACGGGCACGUUCCCGUUCGGCUUCACCAGCGUACCACAGUCCAGCUUCGCCUUCGGCAGUGGCGGCUCCUUCUCCUUCGGCACAGCCGUUGACAGCCGCGCGAGCUCGGUGGUCUCAUUACCCCGCGUGCCUCCGCCGACGCAGGCCGGCUCGACGCAGGGGAGCGAGGUCGCCUUCCAGCCGAGCUCGCCGCCGGCGGCGCAAACGACGGCGCCCGUCACGGCGCGGCCCCCCAGCGCGCAGCCUGUGACGCCGACACCGCAGCGCGCUGUGGCCGUGUCGUCGGUAGCGCCGUUUGUGCGCGGAACGACCCCUCGGCCGGAUGAGCCGGCGCGCACUGUCAGCCCCGUGGCAGGCCGCUUCUUCGGAGCGAACGUGCUGCCGCAGCCUGCGGCGUCCGGUGGCGGGCCGCGCCCACGCGGCCGCGGCCGCAACACCUUCCGGCUCAACAGCGUCGACGCGGACCGCCUGCAAGACGUCACUGUCAGUGAGGACGACGUGGUUUACGUCGAUGACGACAUUAACUACAUCGACGACACCGGCAGCGCCGCGGUGGCGACCACAGUGACGCCUGGCGGUCGGUUCAGCGCCACCGUACCCACGCGCAGCCCCUCGACACGCCUCUCCGGCGACGGCAGCGCCGUCACGACGUUCCGCCCGCGGCCAUCUGGCGGCGGCGCUCGCCGCUUCGACCCUCGCUUGCCCGGCGGCGACCUAAAGCCGGUGCAGUACGUGCGCGCCGGCCGCGGGCGCGCCAACCGGCCGUCACAGCCAGCGCGAGCACCCAGCCCGCAGGACGUCAUCGCCGAGGUAGCGGCGCUCUCGGAGGACUUGAACCUGCUGGAGGACGCCGAGGAGAACGCUGAGGACAAGGAAGAGGAGGAAAGCACCACGAGCACGCUGCCGACCAACAAGGAGGCGUCGCGCCUGGGCCGGCAGAACGGCUUUUUCCUGCGGCCAAAGCUGCAGCUGAGCUCGGCGCUGCCCAUCGCCGCGCAGACGCGCCGUCUCAACGACGUCAACAGCCUGGCGUCGGAGCGCACGGGCCGCUCGCGUAACACGAGUCCGAUCGCGUUCAACCGCGUGGUGCGCUCGACCACCCGCGCGCCCCUGCUUGACGCGCGCCUCUCCGACAUUCUGUUCGCCUCAAGCUCGCCGGGCAGCGCGCGCAAGGACCCGGACUCGGACUACGACUACGAGUACUACGACAGCGACUUCCGGCUGGAGCACCAGCAGGCCAUCGACGAGACCGACAACCUCUUCCAGACGCUGAGUCGGAAGACGCGGCGGACGUGA